UAAUUCGAUAGCAGAAGUAAGACAGUGUGCAUGGAUUAUUAGCAAUGCAUAUUGUAUAUUAAAUUCAAUCAUUUAAUUUGUUGAAAUUGAAUAAAACUACAAAUGAAAUGAGUUCAUACAAAGAUCCAGACUAUUCAAUAAGUCGCAACCUACGUCAGAGGCAAAGAAAAAUAUGCGUAACUAAUGAAGAUGUGAGAACAAAUUCCGAAAAAAGUAAAAAAAAAGGAAAGAAAGGACACAACAUUGGUAAAAAUAGCGUAUAUGACGAAUACGGAAUUAUCCGCUUCAACGGGCUAAACAUUUGCGACUGUAUGAAUCAAGAAUGUGGUGGUUGCUGGUAUGAAUGUCGCAACUGUGGCUCCACUAGGUGUGGGCCUCAAUGUCGCUCAAACCGAAAGUUCUUGUAUGAGGGCGUUACAUAUGACGGAAAAGACUUAUCUAUAUCUAAUAAAUAUUAUCCUGAAUAAGGUAAAUUAAAAACAACACAAGAGACUCUUUACACAUUGAAAUCGAACUUCAUAUAAAUUGCAUGCAAAAGUAAAAACAUUCUGUUAAGUUUAACUUAAAAAAAAUUUGUUACCAUUCAAUAAAAUUUGCAUUAUUAAUAAUAGACUAGGUAAAAAUACAUAUAACAUUGCAAAGUCUCAGAAUAAAAAAUAAUUGGACGUUUGGCACAUGUGCUCAAGAAA